AUGAUGAGUCUGCGAGCGACCGACUGCUCAACCACCUGCUGUCCUAACUUACCUUCCCCACCUGCCUACCCGUAUCCAUCGGGGCAAGCUGAAAACCUUACGACAAUCCCUCACAGUUGGAGCAGGGAGCAGGUAGAAAGGAGUUCGGGCUUUUCGAGCGCAUCUUCAAGCUCCUCCGUGCAGGGUGGGGCGUCAGAGCCGAGUUUUUACGUCAACAGACAGCUCGGUAACAGUUCCGAUGGGGAGGACGUAGACGAUCCGGAGGAGUCGAUGGCUGAGCAGGCAUCCUCUCUAGCAGAACCAAGCAACCACCGCCUGACCGCCUCUUCCGGUACUGAGUGGUUGCGGUUCUUCAGACUCAUCUCCUCCGGAAGCUCGCAUCGACAACUACAGCUCUUCGUCCUCCUCCUCUUCGUCAACGGUGCGCAUGACCGCUCCCGAGAUCCACAGAUCGGAAAUCCG